AUGCAGCUUAUUGAGAGGAGUCAUAUUGGUCCUUCCAUCUCAGUAAAGUUUUACGGAUCUAAUUGGUGUUUUUCUGCUUGUGGAUCCGGUAUUGAGGUCUAUAAUUACGAGAAUGGAGAAUUAAUCAAUGAAUGCCGAAUCUUUAAAAGAAACAAGGUACAUGGUAUUAGUACAUUUGGUUCAAAGUUAGUAGCAUAUGGUGGUAAAUCUAUUUCAGUUAUUAAUAUUCAAGAUUUAGUGGAGCAACAGAGCUUGCUUCAUCUGGAAAAGAUGACUAGAGAAUGGAUAGUUAGUGUAGAGUUUGGAUACGAAGGCGAUGAGAUGUACUUACUAACAAGUUAUAACACUAUUUUGAUUUUAAAUCCUGAGUUUGAGAUUAAGGCUACAAAAGCAGUUUACGGCGAGCGCUCGUUGUUAUAUUCCGGCUGUAUCAAGGUUACGGCGGAUAAGGUGUAUGUUGCGGCGGGAACGGUGAUGGGAGGUAUUAUUAUAUGGGAGUUAUUUGAGGAAAAAUAUCUACGCAACCUCUUAGGGCAUGAAGGGUCUAUUUUUGCCGUUGCAUUUAGUGACAAUGCGGAAUCCAUCGUAUCAUGUUCUGAUGACCGGUCCAUCAAGGUCUGGGAUCGAGAAACUGGAAAACUUUUAUCGACUGGUUGGGGUCAUAUGGCAAGGAUUUGGAAUGUCAAGUUUUAUGAUAAAGAUAAGAAGAUAAUAAGUGUUUCAGAGGACUGUACUUGCAGGCUUUGGGAAAUGAAGAAUAAUGAGCUUCAAGAGUUCCAUUGUUUUGAGGCCCAUUUGAUGAAGAAUAUUUGGGGUGUCGAUGUACAAAAUGAAGCUAUGAUAGCAGCCACCUCUGGUAACGAUGGAAGGCUGAAGCUUCUUGAUUUGAAGAUAAAUGGACGUUAUGGAGAUGAAUUAAAGGUGUUUUCAAUGCACGACAUCUCUAAGCAUGGAAUUGACAUUGCUCCAGAAGAGAAGAUAAAGGGCUUUUACUGGUUUGUUUUUGGAAUGAUUGCUAUUACUUCUAAAGGGAAGGUACUAAGGUAUAAAUAUUCAGACGAUCACUGGGAUGUUUUGUUGUUAGACGACAGAUUUUCGCAUUUCUCAAUUACUUCAGGUAUACAAGAAAGUAAUGCUAUCGUAUUCAGCAAUGACAAAUCUCUCUUAAUGGUAUUGAAAUUCAGAGCCACAGGGGAACUGGAAUUGAAGGAAGAAUUGAGUGUUGAUAAAGUUUUGAAAACCACCAAUUGUUUUAUUACCAAGCAUGAAAAUGAUAUAGUAAUUAUUGUGGAAUCACCUCAUCCUAAAGACCCACUUGUAGUAUUGAGGAUCGAAAGCUCAAAUUUUAAACUGCUAUCUACCCAUUACUUUUCUAAGCCAGCUAAUAUUGUGCUGACAUGUUUAGCAAUUAAAGGAAACUACUUAUUGCUUGGCUCACGUUAUAGCACUAUAGCUAUUUUUGACUUUAAUGAUCCAAAUUAUGAGUUUACUAUGAGGGAAAUAACUCCAGGAGAUGCCAUAACUUCGAUAUUAAAUGUUGAAGAGUCAAUCUUUUCAGUUACCAAUCGAGAUGGGUACUACAAAUUUAUUGAUGUCAAUUUCUCUACUAAAUCUUAUAAAGUUCUCCACUCGAAUAAAAUUGCGAAGGGUUUUCUGGAGGGAGCUACUUUUGAUAAUAAAGGUGAUUAUAUUUUGUACGGAUUCAAAUCAAAUGUGUUCUUUUUGUACAAUGAAAGUAAACAGUAUGAUAUUGGAAAUACAUUGUGCGGUGGAGCACACAGGAUAUGGAAACUAAUUCCUGAUUCAAGGAAUGGAAACGUUUUCUGUUAUAAUAAAGCAUCAAGUUUAUUUAUUAAUAGAUUUCAUGAGUCUUUAUUCCCAAAUGCUCUACGUGAUGGUACCCAUGGCAGAGAAAUUAGAGAUAUUUCCAGCGUAGAAUCUAAUUGCGGCAAUGACACUACUUUUAUCUUUGCUACAGCUUCAGAGGAUACUACUUUGAGAUUGUCUGAAGUAGAUAUAACGACUGGCUGUAUUCGAACCUUUUGGACUCAGAGACAGCAUGUCAGUGGAUUACAACGGUGCUCAUUUAUAAGUAACAAGUGGCUAAUUACCUCUGGUGCUAGAGAAGAACUAUUUUUGUGGGAAGUUACGAAGACUUCGGCACGCCCUUACAUUACAUUGAAGAGUAACCUCACUGUCUCUACCAAGUCUCCCGAUUUAAGAAUCAUGGACUUUAGUUGUUUAUUUAUUGAUGAUUCAGAGAAUUUUGUUUUAGCCACAGUUUAUUCAGACAGCUCAAUAAAGCUAUGGUUUUAUAAUGCACUAGAGAACAGUUUCAACAUGUUGCUUAAUGGUAAAUAUGAAACAUGCUGCAUUGUCAAUGUUUCCUUGAUUAUUGUUAAAGAUAAGUUGAUUCUGCUAGCUACCCCAACAGAUGGAUAUAUUGUCACUUGGGAUAUUACAAAAUAUGUCCCGUUUAUUGUGGAAAAUGGCCAGUUGCGGAAUGCAUCAUUGGAAAUGGUAACCCUAGGCCUUCCAGUCUAUGACCAAAGGAUUAGGGUACAUAAGUCUAGUAUCAAAACGAUAGACGUAAGUGCUAAUGAAGAUGGUUUCUAUAUCUACAGCGGAGGGGAUGAUAACGGAUUAGCAAUCACAGCAGCACAGUUAUCCGAAGAGGGCCGUUUAGUAUUCAACAUAAAAUGUUUCGAGGCAAAUGCAGCUGCCUCUACGAUAACGUCUGUUAAUUUGAUCCGGGAAAAUUCGAAACUACUGGUGACAUCAGUAGAUCAAAAAAUAUGUUUAUGGUCCACUAAUAAAAAUAAAUUGAGCUUAGAAAGCGAUAGUUAUACAACAAUAGCUGAUACAGGUUCAGCGAAUCUUAUCACAACACUCUCAGAUGUCUCCUACGCCCUGAUAGGUGGAGUCGGUCUUUCCUUUUGGGAAAUAAAAUCUUAA